AUGCGAGUUCGUUUGGGACGUACAUUUCGUCUUAUAAUUGCACUUGCUUUUCUUAUUCUUAUUAUACCAUUUUUAAUGUUCAAACUUGAAUCUGCGAAUAAUCAACCUAGUCCUGAACAUAUUGGAAUUGAUUAUCCAGAAGAUAAAAAGAUUGAUAAUAUUCAUGAAAAGAUUCGAAAACCUUUAGCUAGAUCAAUAAAUAUUAGUUUAGAACCUAUAAUGAGUAAUUCAUUAGGAAAUUAUGAACCAAAAGAUUUACCAGAAAGAACAGGUCCAGGAGAAGGAGGUGUUCCUGUAAAACUUUCGCCGUCCGAAGAAAAAGAAGCACAACGAACAAUUGCAUUAUAUGGUUUUAAUAUGAUUGUUUCUAAUAAAAUAUCUAUGGAUAGACGUAUUAAAGAUACUCGACCAGCAGAAUGUAAAAAUUGGAUUUAUCCAAGUGUACAAUAUUUGCCAACAGCUUCCGUUAUUCUUGUCUUUUAUGAUGAAGGAUCAGGUGUUCUAUUACGUACUGUACAUAGUGUAAUUAAUACAUCACCACCUGAACUUUUAAAAGAAGUUGUUCUUGUAGAUGAUGGUAGUACUGAUGCUUCAUUACAAGAACCAUUAGAAACAUAUAUAAAACGUUGGAAUGGUCUUGUAAAACUUUAUCGUACUGGAAAACGUGUUGGUCUAAUCGAAGCACGUACUAUAGGUGCACAAAAAUCAACAGCCGAUGUUAUUAUCAUUCUUGAUGCUCAUUGUGAAUGUGUUAUUAAUUGGCUUCCACCAUUGUUAACACGUAUAGCACUUAAUCGAAAAGCAUUAGCUGUUCCUAUUGUUGAUGGACUUGAAUGGAAUACUUUAGAACAUACAAAUAUCUAUGGUUCAACUAAUUUUCGUGGUAUUUGGGAAUGGGGAUUUUUAUAUAAAGAAACUCAAUUACCAGAACAAGAAGCAAAAAAAAGAAAAUAUUCAUCAGAACCUUAUUCAUCACCAACACAUGCUGGUGGUUUAUUAGCUAUUGAUCGUCAAUGGUUUUUUGAAUUAGGUGCAUAUGAUCCGGGUAUUCGUGUAUGGGGAGCAGAACAAUAUGAACUUUCAUUUAAAGUUUGGCAAUGUGGUGGUAUACUUGAAUGGGUACCAUGUUCACAUGUUGCACAUGCUUAUCGUGGUCCUCGAAAUCAUGGAUCUUAUGUACCUGGAUCAAGUCCAUAUCAAACAUCAAUAAAUCAUUUACGUUUAGCUCAUGUAUGGAUGGAUGAAUAUGUUGAAUAUUAUUAUCGACGUGAACCAGCUUUACGUAAAUUAAACUAUGGUGAUAUAUCAGAAAGAAAAAAACUUCGAGAAAAAUUACAAUGUAAACCAUUUAAAUGGUUUAUGGAAAAUAUAGCAUAUGAUGUUAUGGAUAAAUUUCCACCACCAUCACAAAAUGUUGUUUGGGGUGAAUGUAAAAAUGUUCAACAUUCAGUUUGUUUAUAUGAUAAUGGUGUUUCAUUUGGUCAAUCAAUUGGUGUUGCUACUUGUUAUGGACAGGGUUCUUGGCGUUUAAAUGAAGGAGGUGAACUUGCUAUUGGUGAACAUUGUUAUAUAUCUGAUCAUGAUAUUAUAAAAAAGAAAUUCUGUUUGGAUCAUAAUGGUCGAUGGAAUCCAAUUGGUGAAUGGCAAUGGGAUAAUGUAACACAACAAAUGCGAAGUAAUAAAGAACAUUUAUGUAUGGAAACAGAUGGUAGUAAAUUAAAAUUAGCAAAAUGUGAUGAAGAAAAUAAAUCACAAAAAUGGAUUUGGAGAGAAAUGCUUUUAAUCGGUGAUUCUCUCUUGCAUCAUGUUCGUAAACCAACAACAUCACCAUGUGAAUCUGUUGAAACUUAUAUUGAAUCAAUUGGUGGUUGUACCAUUGAUCGUUUAAUAGUAUUAAUUAAACAAGAUUAUUUUAAAAGAUUAUUUUUAAAUCAAAAACAUUUAAUAAUUAUAAUUGGUACAAAUAAUUUAGCACGUGAAAAAUCUCAAUCAACAAUAAUUAAAUUAGAAAAAUUAUUUGAUUUAAUUAAUCGAAAAUAUUCAUAUUUAAAUACUAUAGCUAUAUGUACUGUACCAGAACGUACAAAAACAAGUAUUUUUUAUCGUACAUAUGGUGAUAAUGGUGGUAAAUCAAUACGUAAACGUAUUAAAAAAUAUAAUAAAAAAUUAAAACAAUUAAGAAAAAAACAAAUUAAAUCAAAACGUUUUUCAAUUAUUAAAUUAAAUUUUGAUUUAUCAUUACAUAUAUCAAAUGAUGGUUUACAUCCAAAUGCUAUGGGUAUUGAACAUAUAUCAAAUAUUUUACAAGAUUAUGCAAAUACACUCAAAAUUAUAUGA